AUGGCGGAGUCUCGGGGCGAGGCUGCGUGGCGCGGCCUGUGCGCGGCGCGGGGAAGCUGCGGCGCCCCGUGGGGACGCGGGCGCGGGCGAAACCGGCGCCCGGGAGCCGCGCUCCCCUCCCCCGCGCGGACUCGUCGUUGCACGGAACAAAAGGGAAAGCGAAAGAGCCCCUGGCGUCGCGGCCCCGCCUCGGAUCCUCCUCGCCCCGCCCCGCCCUCCGCUGAGGGCCGCGGGAGCCCCCAGGCCUGCGCGCCGGGAGCGGGGCCCGGGUGCAGCUGGCACCCUCGGGAGAAGCAGCCCUUGCGGCGCCGGCCCGGCUCCGUCCCUCCGCCCCGCGGGUCAGCGCGGAAUUGCCGCCCCCGCGGUCGUGCGGCCCCGGCCGCCCCCCCACCCCCCGGGUUGCGACGUCCAGCAACUGAGUUCAAAGCCACAGGAGCCAGCCAGCCCCGGGGCGCCCCGCAGAGCUUCCCCGAGGCCCCCGCGGUGCCGGCGCCCGGACCCUACCCCAGGGAGCUCCCCCUCCGGGGUGAGGGGCCGUUGGUUCGGCCUGUGCCGCCGCCCCGCCCCCGGGCACGCGAGCCGCACGGAAACCAGCUCCCCACCGGGGCCCACCCGCACCGGCUCGGUCGGCUCCCAGGGCCGCGCUGCCUCGCUCUGUCGGGGCUUCCGCGGGGCCCCCACCUGUCGGACCUGAGCUGUGGGCCAGACCCCACCGCGCUCCAGGUUGGCUCUUCCGUUGCCCUGUGGCUUGAGUCGGCGCUGCCUUUCACCGCGCGGGCAGGGCGGUGGAGGGUCUUCUGGCUCCGCCUCCCCUCCCGGUUCUCCGGAAUCCUGAUCCCCGUCAGGACCAAGAUCUGGUGCUGGCGGGGUGGCCCCUUCCAGGCUUCAGCUCCCGCCUGGCACUGAUGCUGCGCCACCGCAGUCCUUCCUGCCGGUUGGGCUCCUGCGGCCUCCUGCUCUUCCCCGUCCCGGUGUCAGGGGCCCCUCCUACUCCCACUGCCAGGGUGGCAGGAGCCAGUGUCACCAGAUGAACAUGGGCUUGCCAUCGUCACGUGCCAACUGGCUGAGGCAGGAGAGCAACAGCAGCGCAUCAGUGAGCACACUGGGAUGCACGGUCUCCACCAGCACGCGCUGCAGGAAGUCCAUGCUGUAGGAGCUGCCCUCGGAUGCAGCCAGCUCCGGCCUCUCGCGCAGGAUGCCAUAGGCGUUCACCAGCUGCUCGGUCAGCGCCGGGUGCACCCGCCCGUUGUAGCCCAGGCUUUGUAGCCGGUUCAUGAUGGUUACGUAGCGCUGUGUGAGCGUCUGGCACAGCUCCUCAUCCAGCUUGUGGUCGCUGGGGUUCAGGGAGGCCUGAGGGGAGAGUGGCCAUCAGGGUCCCUCCCACCCUGCACUGGUACAAAGGCAGGAGAGGGGCGACUGUGCCUGUGGGGGUGCUGGGGUUCCUGGAGGUCCCGGGGUGUGCUAGAGGUUCCCGGAGGUCCUGGGGGAGAGGCUCCAACCUAGUGGGUUGAGCUGCAGGGGAGGGUUCUCCACCAGCGGGGAUUUGGGACUGAGCUGAGGUCAUGAAAUGCUGACAGCAUGGCUGGGAAGGAAGGAGGACAGGGGUCCCUAAUGACCGUGGGGGGCUGGCCAUACCACUGAGGGGCUUUCCCAGGCCUCCUGCUACUCCCCGCCCUGAGGCCUCCACCUCCUUUCCAGGCCCCUUCUCUGUUCCAAGCACCCUUGGUCUCAGCGCUGGGGGUCCCACCACCCCUCUGGUGACCCCUCCUGGUACCUGGACCUGGGGACUGGCAGCGACUGGUGGGUCCCCACGCAAUUCUUCCUUGCCUGGGGCCCCCAACCAGGCAGUGACUGCAUCCCAACAUCUCAGGAGGAAGCAGGAAGCCAGCCCCUCCUCUCGGCUCCUGCCAUCACCCCCUGGGCAUGUGACCUGCACACGCACUCAGGGACCCUGUUCAGAAGAGCCCACACUCUGCUUCAUGCUCUGCUGUAGUCACCCUGAAGUUCUUUAUAAAUUUUGAACAAAGA